UGUUUAUCUUGUUCUCUAGUCAGUUUUUAAUCGGUUGAAAUGAGAAUGUGACGAGUUUCGAGGGGAUAAAAAGUGUCCCGAAUCGGACAUGUCAGUGAUCUCUGGCCAAGAAGUGCGGCUUGAGGCCCGUGGGGGCCUCAUGAACGUUCGCGCAUUCACGUUCCUGAUUCUGUGGUAUUUCUUCAGUCUAUGCACGCUUUUCAUGAACAAAUAUAUCCUCUCCUACCGUGAAGGAGAUGCCACCAUUCUAGGUAACUGCCAAAUGUUGAUGACGACUGCGUUGGGAUGCCUGCAAAUGUACUUCCCGUGUGGGAUGUACACGCCGGUGAAGCGGAAAGGCAAACCGGCGAAGUUUUGGCGCAACAUGCUUCUCGUUGGCUCAACGCGAUUCAUGACAGUACUUCUCGGACUCAUUGCCCUAAACUAUGUCGCUGUUAGCUUCACUGAAACAGUUAAAAGCUCUGCUCCAAUUUUCACGGUGGUGAUCUCUUGGUUGGUGCUUGGGGAGAAGACGAGCGCUGUUGUUGUCUGGUCUACCGUGCCGAUCAUGGCCGGACUGGCCUUGUGUUCCGCGACAGAGUUGAGCUUCGAGCUGAGCGGGUUUCUUGCCGCUGUUGCUGCUAAUUUGACGGAAUGCUUCCAGAAUGUCUACUCGAAAAUGCUCAUCAGUGGGGACAGUCACAAGUAUACGCCUGCCGAGUUGCAGUUUUAUACAAGCUUGGCGUCGCUGCUGAUCCAGAUUCCAACUUCGGCAUUUUUGAUACAUUGGGAUCAUAUAGGAUCCUCCUUGGACGAAUUUCUGGUGCUCACAUAUUUGCUCAACGGCGCAUUUUUCCAUUUCCAAUCCAUCACUGCCUAUGUUUUGAUGGACUACAUCAGUCCAGUUACGCACAGCGUUGCGAAUACAGUAAAGCGAGCUCUGUUGAUUUGGCUGUCGAUUUUGGUGUUUCACAACCCCGUGACGUUUUUAAGUGGACUUGGAACGGUGAUUGUUUUUGUGGGCGUCGUUUUGUACAAUCGAGCUCGAGCCGUACCGACGGAUGAAGAAGGCUGCAACCUGAGGGAGCAUUAUAAGCGAUUACGAUCGGCCCUGUCGAAAAGGAGCAGAGAUACUUUCAAGCGCAUCAAUUCGAAACUUGACAAGUCGCAAUCGGCUGAGCGCAUCGUGUGA